CUCCAUGGCCGGCUCUGAAGAGCUGGGGCUCCGAGAGGACACACUGAGGGUUCUGGUAGCUUUCCUUAGGCGCGGUGAAGCUGUUGGGUGCCCUGUCCCAACUCCACCCAGGAGCCCUGCCCAAGAGGAGCCCACAGAUUUCCUGAGUCGUCUCCGAAGAUGUCUCCCUUGUCCCCUGGGUAGAGGAGCCCCUCCCCCGGAGUCCUCUCGGCCCUGCUUCCUUCCCCUACGCCCCUGCUAUGACUCGGGACCUGGUCCAGCUACUUCAGACUUCUAUGCCGUGGUUGCCCAGCGUCUGGAACAAUUGGUCCAAGAGCAACUGAGAUCUCCGCCCAGCCCAGAGUUCCAGGGACCCCCACCCACAGAAAAGGAAGCCCUGCUAAGGAGGCUGGUAGCCUUGCUGGAGGAGGAAGCAGAAGUCAUCAACCAAAAGCUAGCUUCUGACCCAGCUCUGCACCGGAAACUUGCUCGCCUGUCAGCGGGCUCCUUCGCCCGCCUUGUGGAACUCUUCUCCAGUCGUGAAGUCAGCUCCUCCCCAAGCUGUACAAGCCCCUCGUUGCCAUGCCUGGCGCCCCCACCGCCAUCCCCGGAGCCUUUGGCCCGCCUGGCUCUGGCUAUGGAGCUGAGCCGGCGCGUGGCCGGGCUGGGGGGCACCCUGGCCAGCCUCAGUGUAGAUCACGUACACAGCUUUGCGCCCUGGAUCCAGGCCCAUGGGGGCUGGGCAGGCAUCCUGGCUGUGUCGCCUGUGGACCUGAACUUACCCUUGGACUGA